GCCGCGCGGCGCGGGCGGCGGCCGAUUGAGGGCGGGGGUCGGCGCCCCGGCCAGCCCGGCCCGGCCCGGCCCGGGGCCGUGUCCUGAGCGUCCGCCCUCGCCGCUGCAGCCUCGGCACCCGGCCGGCCGGCCAUGGAGGCCGAGCGCCCUCCGGUGCCCGUUCCGGGCUGCGGGCGCCCCCCGCCCCGUGCCGCCGGCCGGGACCCCGCGGCCUCGCCCAUGUCGGUGCCCGCGCCGCCGCAGGGCCCUGCCGUGGGCGGCGGCUUUGCGGGCUUGGAGUUCGCGCUGCCUCAGGAGCCAGAGCCGCGGGCGGCGGACCUGGGGGUCCCGGGGACGUGGGCGGGGGCGGGAGGAGCGGCGGGGCCCCCGACGCCGGCGGCGCACAUCCCGGUGCCAGCGCAGAGAGACCCCCCAGGAAAGUCCCGGCUGGACGAGGUCAUGGCUGCGGCAGCCCUCACCAGUCUGUCCACCAGCACCCUCCUUCUGGGGGCCCCAGCUGCAGCCUGUAGCCCAGAGCCUGGCUUGGAGCCCUGGAAGGAGGCCCUGGUGCGGCCACUGGGCAGCUGCGGCAGCAGCGGAGACUGGGGCUGGGACCUGGCCAGUGACCGGUCCUCUCCGUCUAUCCCUUCACCCCCACUGCCCUCCGAGGCAGCCCAUUUCCUAUUCGGGGAACCUGCCCCAAAGAAGAGAAAGAGCUCCGUGCGGGUCCUGUUCCAGUGUCUGUGGAAGCGGUGUGGGAAAGUGCUGAGCACGGCCUCCGGGAUGCAGAGACACAUCCGCCUGGUGCACCUGGGCAGGCGGCAGGCAGAGCCUGAGCAGAGCGACGGGGAGGAGGACUUCUACUACACAGAGUUGGACGUUGGCAUGGAUGUGCUGACAGACGGGCUGUCCAGCCUGUCUCCAGCGUCCCCCGCGGCCUCCGUGCCCCCCGCCUCCCCCUGCUUGGAGCUGCCAGAGCCUCGGACCCUGUCCAGCCUGCUGCACCCGCUGGCCCUGCCCCCGGUUCCGGUGCUGAGCCCCGUGGCACCCCGCGAGGUGCGCCGAGGUGACGCCGCCUACCAGGGCUGCCUGGCCCCCGCCCGCCCGGAGCCACAGCCGACCACCGUCAGGACCUGUGUGCCAACCCCGCCCUCCAGACUCGGCGCCAGCCCAAGGAAGCCCCGAGGUGAUGCCAAGAAGUGCCGGAAGGUGUAUGGCAUGGAUCACAGGCACCUGUGGUGCACAGCCUGCCGCUGGAAGAAGGCGUGCCAGCGCUUCCUGGACUGAGCCCCCCCAUCCCGCCCCCCGCCUCCCACCUCCCACCCCCAUGCCAGCGCUCCC